UACUAUUAUUAGAUAAUUAUUAUUCUCUACUAUUAUCUCUUGUUUCCUUGCGGCGACGCGUUUAGUGUGAAUAAGAACAACACUAUUCUUCAGCUUACCUCGCGUUGCGUCGUAACGCGAGUCAUGACGCGACGCGUGACGCGCUCAGUGGGAAUUCGGCCUUAGAGUUAACAGACGUUGGAAAAAGUGGCCCUCAGUGUUUACUUUUUGCACUAAUACAGAAAGUGCAGCGACAAAGAAUAAACUUCGUAUUAUGUGUGACGGAAAUGUUAAAUGAAUUCUUUUAUUAAAAUGUUUUAAGAAACUAAUGUGCAAUGGCCACGUCAAAAACUACUAAUACAUAUAACAGACAAAAUUGGGAAGAUGCGGAAUUUCCGAUACUGUGUCAGACAUGUUUAGGAGAUAAUCCAUAUAUUCGCAUGACAAAGGAGAGAUAUGGAAAAGAAUGCAAAAUAUGCAUGCGGCCUUUUACAGUGUUCAGAUGGUGUCCUGGAGCGAGAAUGCGAUUCAAGAAGACCGAGGUUUGUCAGACAUGUAGUCGUUUGAAGAACGUCUGUCAGACAUGCUUGUUAGAUUUGGAAUAUGGCCUGCCUAUCCAAGUACGUGAUGCUGCUUUGAAGAUUAAGGAUGAUCUACCACGCUCCGAUGUGAAUAAGGAAUACUAUGUACAAAAUAUCGACAAUGAGAUUGGCAAGAUCGAUCCGACGACGCCAGCUGGUGCCGUCGGCAAAUCCGCUGCAGCUAGCGAUCUGCUGAUGAAGCUGGCACGAACGAGUCCUUACUACAAGCGCAAUCGACCACAUAUCUGCUCAUUCUGGGUGAAGGGCGAAUGUAAGCGCGGCGAGGAAUGUCCAUAUAGACACGAGAAGCCGACGGAUCCCGACGAUCCACUGGCUGAUCAGAACAUUAAAGAUCGUUACUAUGGUGUGAACGAUCCGGUGGCGGACAAGCUGAUGCGCCGUGCAGCAGCCAUGCCGAAACUUGACCCGCCCGAGGACAAGUCCAUUACUACACUGUACAUCGGCAAUCUGGGUGAUGUCCUAACGGAGAAGCAGUUACGCGAUCAUUUUUACCAGUACGGCGAGAUCCGCUCGGUGACAAUGGUGCCGCGUCAGCAGUGCGCCUUCAUUCAGUAUACACAGAGGAGUGCCGCCGAGGCGGCGGCCGAAAGGACAUUUAACAAGCUGAUACUGGGCGGUAGACGGCUAACAAUAAAGUGGGGCCGCUCCCAGGGUCGGCAGACCGUGUCCGCGGCAGAGGCGACCAGGGAGAUCCUCGAACCCGUUCCGGGAUUACCCGGAGCGUUGCCGCCGCCGCCGCCGGAGAGCAUGGGCAACAAUUUCUUCAAUCUGCAGACCAGUCCGGGUAUGAUGCCGCCAAUGAUGAUUCCGCCGCCGACAGUCGCUCCUCAAUUCAUGUUCCAAUCGCAAAUGGCAGCCGCGGCCGUCGCCGCAGCCGCGACGCCGAUCUUCCCGCCGGGAACGACUCCCAUACACUAUCCGAGCCAGGAUCCAUCCAGAAUGGGCACGUCGCAGGGUAUAGGCAAACCUUGGCCGGAAGAUUAAUGUAACACUUACGAGAAUUAACAAUUGUACAAUUAUAACGGCAAUCUGGAAUGAAAAUAUAUACAUAUAUGCCUUUGACAUCUUUACAAUUGCAA